AUGAAUAGUGGUAGAUAUAAUGCUCUAAGUCAAAUUGAGCAAAAAGAAGAAGAUGAAUUGAGUGUUGAUGAAAAAAUUAUAGUUGAGAUAGAACCUCAUAUGCUUAUUCAAAUGGCAGAAGUCACUGAACUAGAAAAAAGUGAAGUGAAGUUUGUGGAUGCAGGAUCAGGAAAGGUCACUACAGAACCAGUACAAUUCAAUUCAUGGACUUCAGUGGUGAAUUCUUCUGGGAAAAAGAAGACAGAAAAUUCAGUAAAUUCAAGAAGAUUUUUGUGGUCUGAGAUGCAAUUGAUUAGUGAUCUAAAAAAACCUUGGUUAAUCGUUGGUGACUUUAAUGCAAUUCUUAGAAUGGAAGAGAAAGUUGGCGGUAAUUCUCCCUCAAGAAGAUCAAUCUUAGAUUUCAGUGAAUGUAUCGACACUUGUCAACUCAUACAAGCACCUAAAGUUGGAUUGGAUUUUUCAUGGUCAAAUUGUAAGCAUGGUAGUAAAAGGAUAUUAUGUAACUUGGAUAGAGCUUUCUUUAACAUGGGAUGGUUGCAAAUGUAUGGAGAUUGGGGUUACAAAGUAGGUAUUAGAGUGGUGUCAUAUAAUUCACAUUUAAUGAGAGGAUGUGAAAAUGUUCCUAGGCCAAAAAAUGUCCCUCUAAGAUUUCAAAAAAUGUGGUUGGAGCAUCCUGAUUUUAUGAAGAUGGUUGAAGAUAGUUUGGCUGAACCUAGAGGUAAACUUAAGAGACUUAAAACAGCUGUAAACGAAUGGAAUUGGAAAGUUUUUGGUAAUGUACAAGUUAAGAUUAAAGAAGCAGAAAAUUUGGUUAAAGAAAAAAUGUUGGUUUCAGAUAGUAACCCUCAUGAUGAUAAUGCUCUCUGUGAACUGGUGAUGGCUCAAAAUGAACUGAAUUCAGGGGAAGUUCAACACAGUAUCAUGAUGAAGAAAAAAUCAAGAAUUCAAUGGAAAAGGUUUCAGUUUCAAGAAGUCAAUAUCAAUGAGUCAUUAUUAGAUGUGAUUCCUCAGUUAGUAACAGAAGAAGAUCAAAAUAUACUUGACAUUGUUCCAAAUGCAUAUGAAAUUAAGAAAUCUAUAUGGAAAUGA